AGCUCGCGCCCGGAUAUGGCUGAUCAGUCGGCUAGUGAAACUAGUGAAAUGAGGGGAUAAAUCUAGGUGGGAUGGAGGUUACGAGGAGCUGGACCGAGUCAUUGCGACAGGAUAUACAUCCAGAAAUAUCAAGAGGAUCUAAAGAGAUCAAAAGUAGUGCUAAUAAACGCAUUUGUGAGGAAGUUUGCUAGUUAGCCGCCGUUAGCUCGACAGGUAAACAAUCUUCUUUAGGCCGGUGUUGUAAAUAAACAACUGUCUGUCGCUUUUAGCCAAAGCACUCACAUACUUGAUUCCAAUAUUGUGGAGAUUGUUAAAGAGGUUAAUUGAUGCAGGACUGUCAACGAACUGCAAAGGACAAUAUAAAGACGCGAUGAAACAUUGCCAGGCCUGUUAAGUCAGGUCGUUAUUACUGUACUAAAAGGGUUUGGUCGAUUUUAAAGUGGCUUAAAAUGGGGAGAAACUGGAUUAGAAGAGAAACACGGACUUGUGGUGGGCUUGUCGUGACUUUGGGAGCUUUGGUCAUCUCCUGUCUUUUGGCAGAAGUCAGUGGUCACGAUGGACAAGCGAUGACAGCAGAGGAAAAGUCCGAAAUCAGGGACCAAAUACUAGAGAUGUUUGAUCAUGCCUAUAACAGUUACAUGGACUAUGCCUACCCUGCAGAUGAGUUGAUGCCACUCAGCUGUAGAGGAAGAGUCCGAGGGCUGGAACCCAAUCGAGGAGACGUUGAUGACUCUCUAGGAAAGUUCUCUCUAACCUUAAUAGACACUUUAGAUACACUUGUGUUGUUAAACAAACUGAAUGAGUUUGAGGAAGCUGUGAAAAAGAUCGUGAGAGACGUCAGACUGGACAAUGACAUCGUCGUCUCUGUUUUUGAGACCAAUAUCCGUGUGCUCGGUGGUUUGUUGGGUGCACAUGUGAUGGCUGAUGUUUUGAAGCAGCGUGGAGAGAGAAUGCAGUGGUACAGAGAUGAACUGCUACACAUGGCCAAAGAGCUAGGGUACCGCCUGCUGCCUGCCUUUAACACCACCAGUGGCCUUCCUUAUCCUCGGGUAAACUUGCGUUAUGGAGUUGUGAACCCACUUUCGCGUACGGGCACUGAGUCUGACACUUGCACUGCUUGCGCAGGGACCUUGAUUUUAGAGUUUGCAGCACUUAGUCGAAUGUCUGGGGACACAAUAUUUGAGGAACAUGCUAGGAAAGCUAUGGACGUCCUCUGGGAGAAGAGACAAAGAGGAAGUGACCUUGUUGGUACUGUGAUCAACAUCCACAAUGGAGACUGGGUUCGCAGAGAUAGCGGUGUUGGUGCUGGAAUCGACUCUUAUUAUGAAUACUUGAUGAAAGCUUAUAUUCUUCUUGGGGACAAGGUGUACCUUGAAAGAUUCAACACACACUACAGUGCCAUUAUGAAGUACAUCAGCCAACCUCCUUUGCUGCUCAACGUCCACAUGCACAAUCCUACAGUAAAUGUGCGCAGCUGGAUGGAUUCCUUGCUCGCCUUCUUCCCUGGAUUACAGGUUCUGAGAGGAGACUUGAAACCUGCCAUUGAGACGCAUGAGAUGCUUUAUCAAGUGACGAAGCAGCACAACUUCCUCCCUGAGGCCUUUACCACCGAGUUCAGAGUUCACUGGGGACAGCACCCAUUGAGACCAGAGUUUGCUGAGAGCACAUACUUCCUUUACAAAGCUACAGGUGAUCCGUACUACUUGAAAGUGGGCCAGUCUAUAGUGGAGAAGCUGAACGCUCAUGCUCGGGUCCCCUGUGGUUUUGCCGCUGUACAAGAUGUAAGAACAGGAACCCACGAGGACAGGAUGGAUUCUUUCUUCCUGGCUGAGAUGUUUAAGUACCUCUACCUGCUGUUCUCAGAGAAGAGUCAGUUACCUAUAGACAUUGAUGACUAUAUUUUCACUACUGAGGCUCAUUUGCUCCCAGUAUCCCUGUCUACUACCCAGACUUCCUGUCUUACCAACGGAACGGACCCUCAAGCUCAUCAAGAUGAUUUGUUUUCAUACUCCUGCCCCAGUGCUCAAACCCUGUUUCCCAACAACCCCACAUUCGCCAAGACAAUCAGAGACGGAUAUAAAUACCUCACCGGUGUGGGAAGAGCGCAGCAGGCCUCAUCUGUCAGGGGGAUUGAGCUGCCUCUUCAUGACACAGGCCUGGAGCCAGUGGAGUUUCUGAAGAGCAUGGGCAUCUCUCUAACACCCCUUACUGAGCUGGUCUCCGCAAGUCAAGGCUCAGCGCCUCAGGAUACUCAGAAGGGUGUGUUCAAGCUGAAGCUGGUAGCAGAGGUCAGCCAAACCCCUGAGCAUGAGGAAGUGAUGCCACUCAUUGUCCAGCUCAUUUCCCCUCCAUUUUUGGGUCGAACCGUGCUUACGGCUGGUCCAGCGAAGUUUGGGCUGGAUCUCACCAAACAAGAGCACGGGGUGAAAGGACGUAUUAUGAAGAGUGUUCCCUAUACAGCUUGUGGACCCAUAGAGAACACAGUGGAGCUGCAGGGACACAUAGCGCUGGCAUUAAGAGGAGACUGCAUGUUUGCUGCUAAAGCACGACGCCUACAGGAAGCAGGAGCCAUAGGUGUCAUCUUCAUUGAUCAUAGAGAGGGCAGCAGCAGUGCUGAGACUCCUCUGUUUCAGAUGGUUGGAGACGGAGAACCCACUGAUGACAUCACGGUGCCUCUAGUGUUCCUCUUCAGCAAAGAGGGAGCAACGCUCACUGCCGCUCUGCAGGAACAUCACAAUGUGGACGUCCUCCUGCUGCCCAAAGAGAGACAGCUGGGAAAAGAAAAACCUGAGAAGUUAAACAUCAAGUUCCGUUUGGCCAAAGAAGGAGAGCUUGAAGAAGGUGAGACAGAAAGCACUACCAUCCAGCUCAUCCUGGAGCAAAGCGAAACUGCCACAUCUUUACCAGGAGACCACCAGGAGACCUGCACCUUUCCACAGAAAGACUCCGAGAGCAGCCCCUGACAGCGGCUCAGACCUGAUCACAGUUCUCUUCACACAACACAGGGCUUCUCUCCCUGUCUCUGACCUCAGAUCAGCUCUGAUCACUGAUCAGCAUCUCUGCCAGGCCUGGACUGCACCAUAUCAAGGGGGAACAGGAGACUCCCUCUGUUAAAGAUGGUCUGAUCUUGCGGAGCUGGAGCUACACCACAGGUCACAAGUUUGUGAUCAGUAGGAUUUGUUCAUUUUUAAUAAUAAUCCUAUUCUGCUCACCAUUUAUCUAAUCACAAAUACAGUAAAAUAUUAUUAUAAUGUAAAAUAAAAGUUGUCUUUUUGAAUGUUGGUUAAAAUUUAAUUUAUUCCUCUGACCCAAAGCAGAAUUUUCAGCAUCAUUUCUCCAGUCUUCAGUGUCACAUGAUCCUUCAGAAAUCAUAAUAUGAUCAAUUAUUAUAUUCAAAAUCAAUUAUUAUUAAUGAUUUUUAUAGUUAUCGAUGUUGAAAACCUUAUUUCACACUUCAUUUUUGUUUUUUGGAGUCUUUUAUUUUGAAAAAGAUGCACACAUUUAUUUUAUGUCUUUAACUUUCACCCUUUAACAGUUUAAUGUGCACUUAAUAAUAAAGUUAUUACAUUUCUAAUGGUACUUUUAAAUAGUACUGGUUCAGUUUCCACAAAAAUAUGAAGCGGCCCAACAGUUUUCAACACUAAUGAUAUUAAUAAUAAAUGUAAUUUAUUAUUUAAAUUAGAUGAACUUGAAUUUUGAUUGUAAAUUUCCUUGCGUUUUAAAUCUUUUGUAGAUAAAUGAAAUGUGUAAUCAUAAUGUAAAGUCUUAUAUUUAGUAUUAUUGAUAAAAGAAAUUUAACAAUGAAACAUUAAUACAGUUUAAAUUAAAUUCACAUUUUGCUUUUUAUUUUUGCAGUUUUUUUGUAUUUACUUAAUGUAUCAUUUUAAUAUGAUCAAUUAUUAUUGGUACUCAAAGUCGAUCAUUAAUGAUUUUUAUUAUCUUUAAUGUUAAAAAACAUUAUUUCAUGCUUCUUUUUUGUUUUGUGGAAACUGGGAUACAUUCGACCUUUUUGCAAUCUUUUAUUUUGAAAAAAAUGCGUGUGUGCGUGCGUGCGUGUUUAUUUUAUGACUUUAACUUUCACUCUUGAACAGUUUAAUGUGUGCUUGAUUAAUAAAGUUAAUACAUUUCUAAUGGUACUUUUAAAUAGUAUUAUAUCAGUUUCCACAUAAAAAUAUGAAGCGGCCCAACAAAAUUAAAUUAAAUUAUUUGAACUUAAAUUUUUCAUUGUAAAUUUACAUAUAUUUUAAAUCUUUUGUAGAUAAAUGAAAUGUGUAAUCAUAAUGUAAAGUCUUAUAUUUAUUAUUAUUAUUGAUAAUCAUAAGAAAUUUGCCAAUAAAAGAAAUUAUUACAAUUUAAAUUAAACUAAUAUUUUGCUUUUUAUUUUUGCAUUUUUUUUCGUAUUUUAAUGUAUCAUUUUUAAUAUGAUCAAUUAUUAUUAUUAUUAUUGGUGCAAAUUAAAAUUAAUAAUUAAUAAGGAUUUUUAUGAUCAUCAAUGUUAAAAAAACAUAUCACCAGGACUGUAUUUUUCAUAUUCGACCUUUUUGGAAUCUUUUAUUUUGAAAAAAAUGUGUGUGCGCAUAUUUAUUUUAUGUUUUUAACUGCGCUUAUUUCAUAAAGUUAAUACAUUUCUAAUGGUACUUUUAUAUAGUACUGGAUCAGUUUCCACAAAAAUAUGAAGCAGCCCAACUUAAUGUAUCAUUUUAAUAUGAUCAAUUAUUAUUAUUGGUUCACAUUAAAAUUAUUAAUAAGGAUUUUUAAGAUCAUCAAUGUUGAAAACAUUUCAUGCUUCAUUUUUGUUUUGUGGAAACUGGGAUACAUUUUUUGGAACCUUUGAUUUUGAAAAAAUUGUUUGUGCUUGCAUGUUUAUUUUAUGUCUUUAACUUCCACACUUGAACACUUUAAUGUGUGCUUGAUUAAUAAAGUUAAUACAUUUCUAAUGGUACUUUUAAAUAGUACUAUAUCAGUUUCCACAUAAAAAUAUGAAGCGGCCCAACAGUUUUCAACACUAAUGAUGAUAAUAAUAAAAAAUGUUUAUUGCGCAGAAGAUCAGCAUAUUACAAUCAUAUCUAAAGGAUCUUCUAACACUGAAGACUGCAGUAACAAUGCUGAAAAUUUAAAUUUAAAUCACUGAAACAAAUAACAUUUUUUUAAAAAAAUUUUACAAUAUUUUUGAUAUAAUUAAUUGCCUUGGUGACCAAAAUAGGCUCAUUUUAAAAACUCGGAGAACAAAAAAAAAUGAUACCAGUCUCAAACGUUUGACCACUAGUGUAUAUUAAUCUGCACAGAGUGAGAUGGACAAUGCAAGAGAUUCUUCUCAAUCGACUACUAUUGAAAUGCAGUCGCUUUGGGAAUUGAAGCGGUGUAAAAAAACGAUUUCUCACACCAGACGUUUCUUUUAUGACUGAACACAAGAUCUGUGCAUCCUUACUAUUGUUAUUUUUAAUUCAUCCUCAGAAUCUAAGUGGCUUGAAGUCUUAACACAGGGCUCCCAAGACCAACCCCCAUACCC